CGAAUUUUAACCAAAAAUAUCCAUUACACCCAAUUUUUCCUCAAGACCUUUAUGCUGAGAUCAAGAAACACAAGCCAUCUGUACGAUUUGUUGAAGGUGAUGCAGCUCGCUUUUAUGAAGAAUUAUUGUCUAAACAAUGUGAAGAUCCUUGGUGGUUUGUGCUGUACAUGACUAAAAAAGCAAUACAAGGCCAAACACCUAAUGUAAUUAUAACUAAUGGGGACCCUGCCAUGGAACGUGCGAUUAUUAUUGAGUAUCCACUAGCACGUCACCUCCUUUGUAUUUGGCAUAUAAAAGAGAAUCUCAAAAAAGCACUUCGUAGAAAAUUGGGUAAUUUAUUUGCAGAUUUUUAUUCUGCAUUUUGGAAAUGCCAAAAUACUGAAACUCCUGAUGCUUUCAAUUAUUACUGA